CUUGCGUUUGCCCACACUUUGUUUCUUCUCGCUAGAAGAUUCAGAGGGUUUGAUCAUGCCUGAGCCCGCGAAGUCUGCGCCGGCCCCGAAGAAGGGCUCCAAGAAGGCGGUGACCAAGGCGCAGAAGAAGGACGGCAAGAAGCGCAAGCGCAGCCGCAAGGAGAGCUACUCGGUCUACGUGUACAAGGUGCUCAAGCAGGUGCACCCCGACACCGGCAUCUCGUCCAAGGCCAUGGGCAUCAUGAACUCGUUCGUCAACGACAUCUUCGAGCGCAUCGCCGGCGAGGCCUCGCGCCUGGCGCACUACAACAAGCGCUCCACCAUCACGUCGCGCGAGAUCCAGACGGCCGUGCGCCUGCUGCUGCCCGGCGAGCUGGCCAAGCACGCUGUGUCCGAGGGCACCAAGGCUGUCACCAAGUACACCAGCUCCAAGUAAGAUCAUCGGCUUCUCAGAACAAAUUUCGUAAACCAAAGGCUCUUUUCAGAGCCACCACGUUAUCUCUAAAAGACCUGUAACCUGGGACUUGGCUUAUUACAUAUGAACGCCAGCACACUGAAAAUGUUCUCAUUGAUAAAGUUUCGGUAGAUUUUAGACCAGCUUCUCUUAAGACCGCUCCCUAUCCCUCUCUGUUCUAGUUUACUUGUUAGUGUUGCUUUUGGCUAGGAAUAAUCACGUGAAAUCGGAGCUUUGAUUAGGCCCUAGAAUAAACACAUUCAAAUGAAUACAAGGUUUCAGUUUAUAACAAGGCUGUUGCCUUGCGUUUGGCCAGAGCUGCAGCUAGAAGGGGAACAAGGCCUAGUGCCAGCGGGUCUCAACAAAAGCAUCUCAGCUCAAACCCUAACGUCCUGUGUUGAUUCACAUUCACUGGGUUUGGAGUAUCACGCACGGUCCCCUAUGUCCACUAGUUUCCUUUCCUUCUGAACACCGAGGUGUCAGAACAGUAACCGCAGGACGGGGGGGGGGGGGGGGGGGGGGGGGACGUGAAGUCCACAGCUACCAACUAAUGUGUCUGGGGUGAGGACCAGGAGCGCCAGGCUCUCCUUACGGUUCCAAGUGCUUCUGGGGCUCGAAAGCUGCACCUCGGAAUGCUGGAGCCUCGUGCCAUUUCAAUUGAAAUAAUAAAAGUCAUCAUUGAUACCCGUAUUCUCGUGGCACAGCGCUAUACUUACACCAGCAAGCUUCUUUUUAAAUGAGGAAGUAAAAAAAAAAAAAAAAAAAGUGAUCUUCACAUUCAAGGUCAGCUGGCAGCUGAACACUGGUAGAUGGGAACCCUGGACGCUGGCAAUGCAACGCCGAGGUGUCUCUUUUUCCUUCUGGUUAGCUAUCGCAAAUGCUGAUUGCCAUGAACAUUAAGUGACCCAAUUUGGGAAUGCAGCUUGUGAAAGAAACCUCCUAAAUCUCACGUAUAAUUAAGGCUUCAUUUCUUGCUCUCCAAAGCUAACUUUAAACACAUUUUAAAACAGUAUGCAUGCAUACGGGGUGCGGGGGAUUCCAAGUACAGUUUAAGAGGGGAACUCCUCAGGACGGAAAGUUUGUUUACCUCUUCAUGUGGAGGAAUGUAUUGAAUCCCUUUGUGAGAAUUUCUUGGUCUAAAUAGGAAUAUGAAUUAGUAACUGCUAUAUAUCGUUGAUAAAUUGACCGUAGAAGUUAAGGCCCUAUAAUUACUAUGGACUCCAAAGAAAA